UGAGCGUGCGCUGACCCUGCCCGCUCCGGGACAGCGCGGCGGCGCGGUCAUGGGCAGCUUCCAGCUGGAAGACUUCGCCGCGGGAUGGAUCGGAGGUGCAGCCAGCGUCAUUGUCGGCCACCCUCUGGACACAGUCAAGACUCGCCUGCAGGCCGGCGUGGGCUACGGGAACACGUUGAGCUGCAUCCGCAUGGUGUACAGGAGGGAGAGUGUGUUCGGCUUCUUCAAGGGCAUGUCCUUCCCCCUGGCCAGCAUUGCCGUCUACAACGCCGUGGUGUUUGGGGUCUUCAGUAACACGCAGCGCUUCCUCAGCCAGCACCGCUGCAAGGAGCUCGAGGCCAGCCCGACCCGCACUCUGUCUGACCUGAUCCUGGCCAGCAUGGUGGCCGGCGUGGUCUCCGUUGGGCUGGGCGGGCCUGUGGACCUCAUCAAGAUCCGGCUGCAGAUGCAAACACAGCCAUUUCGAGAAGCCGAUCUCCACGUGAAGUCCAGCACCAUGACUCGGAGGCAGCAGCCACAUUACGCCGGGCCUGUGCACUGCAUGGCAGCCAUCGUGCGGCAGGAAGGCCUGGCCGGCCUGUACCGCGGAGCCAGCGCCAUGCUGCUGAGGGAUGUCCCAGGAUACUGCCUCUACUUCAUCCCCUAUGUCUUCCUGAACGAGUGGAUCACACCGGAAGCCCGGGCAGGCCCCAGCCCCAGUGCCGUGUGGCUGGCAGGAGGCCUGGCAGGAGCGAUUUCUUGGGGGACAGCAACUCCGAUGGAUGUGAUGAAAAGUCGACUCCAGGCAGAUGGGGUUUAUUUCAGCAAAUACAGAGGCGUCCUGGACUGUAUCUCCCAGAGCUACCGACAGGAAGGUCUCAAAGUGUUUUUCAGGGGCAUCACUGUGAACGCUGUGCGGGGAUUCCCCAUGAGUGCGGCCAUGUUCCUUGGCUAUGAGCUCUCACUGCAGGCCAUCCGAGGGGACCACGCAGCGAUGGACCCAUGAGCCUAGGUACCUAGCCCGGAGCCUGACUUCCCUACCGUUCCUUGCUCUUCCUCCCAGUGUCUCCUUCUCUGGCCUCAAACUCAUUACCUGAAAAGCCCAGACAACAAACUGGGGUGUCGCUGAAUUCUCUAGUCAACCAAGAAACCACUUUGUUUCCACCUUGGUAGUGAACAUUUACCCCAAAUUGUUGAGGUCAAUUUCCCACCUUCAUUACCCCAAACUAAACUCACUACCACUGAGUCCAUUCGGACUUGCUGGGACCCUGUGGGGCACAGGAGAACGGUCCCUCUGGGUGUCUGAGACGACCAGUCUUUGUCGAUGGAGAGCACGCGCGUGCUCCUGCAGAAUGGCUGGUGGUGUGAACUGCUGGCUGAGCGGGUGGCAGCCCAACGUGUGGUCCAUUAGGCUACCGGGGCACCUUUCCCAACUCCAUGAA